GUGGAAGUAUAUAUAAGGUAAAAGAGUAAUCAUUUACAAAUCGUUCCUAGCAGCAAGACCGAGUUGCGGAAUGAUGGCACAGCUGCAGGUUGUAGUUUUAUGUGUGGUGACGCUGGGAAUGGUGUUCUCGGCUCCACAACAGCAAACAACACCAAUCCCCAUUCUCAGGUCUGCGCAGAACAACGAUUUGGCAGGAGGAUACAGUUUCAGCUUUGAGACCGGCAAUGACAUCACUCGAGAGGAAGUUGGAGAGUUGAAGAACGUGGGGACACCAGAGGAGCUUCAGAUUGUGCGCGGCUCCUACAAGUACAAGGACCCUGAAGGCAACGAGAUCGUAGUCACGUAUACUGCCGAUGAAAAUGGGUUCGUACCCCAAGGCGCUCAUUUUCCGGUGCCACCUGCUAUACCUCAGGAGAUUCUAGAGGCACUCGCCAAGAACGCAGAGGAGGAGGCAAAGCUCAGCGAGGCCGAGAGAGCGGAGAUCGAUACCGGAAGAUACGUCAUACACUAAACAACCGACUUGUGUUUAUCGUCCACUAAUAAAACUAACUGCACUUACCUGUGCCAAAUUUAUAGCACGUUUAAGUUUGCUUUACGUAUGGAUGAACUAUGAUCAUGAACGAUAACACGAAACUUUUAUGCUUGUGUUAAUUCUUAUGGGUAUUUCUUAAUUUGUUUUCGAAUAAUUUCUUAAAUUUGUUUAUGAUCAAUUUAAAUUUAUUUUGUGUUCAAGAAUUAUACAUUCUAAUAUUAUGUA